GUGGACUACGGCAUCUUCUACAGUAUAGACUCACUGAGUAGAAGUACGACCACGGUUUUAGGCGUUGCCCCGGUUUUGUUAGCGCGCUUUUCCUCGGUGAAAUAUGUCAAUUUAAUUGAUGAUGAUUUCCACUCCACACACAGCAAUAAUGUAUUCUGAAUGGUAAAAAAAAAUGGUCCUUCUUCCUGGCGCUGUAGCGACAGGAGCCUCUUCGUUAUCUGCGUCUAAACCUGGCGUUUUCAAGUCACUCUGGCGCAACGUGGUAGACUUUUUUCAGAUCUACGUCGUAGGUGGAAAAAUGGAGUACGACCCGACGGGAGACCGGAGACAAGCAGACAUGGGCUACGAAAACGAAUUCUACUAUGAUGAAAAUGAAAGAAUAUGGAAGAGACGAGGAGGAUCGUCGAUGGUAGCUCCUCCUGCUGGACCUCCUGCAGCAGUUGCUGUUCCUCCUCCUGCAGCGGUUGCUGCUCCUCCUCCUGCAGCGGUUGCUGCUCCUCCUCCUGCACCAGGAGCUUCAUAUCCAGCAACUACUGAACAAGAACACCAACCUCCAGCACACCAGGCUGCGAUACAUCAAGCCUCGUUCUCUAUGCCGCUUGUUCCGCAGCCUCCAAUAUCAAGCAUGAAAUUCUCGCAAACAGGAGAUUUGAUUCCCACGCCUGCUGAUGAUUCAAUGCAGCAGCUGCCUCCUCUCUCAGUUCCACCAGCUGGUUCUAGCACAACCCCGGCUCAGGCAAGCAACAUGAUAGUACCUCCACCAUAUACUGCAUCAUCAUCUAGUCUUUCAGCACCAAGAAUAGGAACAACAGGAGGAGUACUUGCUCCACCUCCACCAGGAGGUACUUCAAGUUCAACAGCCGGACGGGUAGCUCCACCUCUACCAGGUACUUGUCCACCUAGUACCGGCGCAGGCAACGCAAGCAAUAGCAAACCACGCGGUGAAGCAACAGCAUGGACCUACACUGACUGGACGACUGGUCUAGAGGUCUCUGUGGGCCCAGCAGCACUUCCGAAAACUUUAGCGGAAUUGAACCAGAAUAGAUGGGAAUCGGGCGAACAACAUCAGACUGGAGCAACCAGUGGAGGUCCUGUGCCUGCAGUUGACAAGAAUAAGUACAAGAAUAGAGCUCUGCAGAACCAGUCGAAUAGGAGGCAACCUCAAGAAUUCAAGCCCAUUGUGGCUGCAAGUAACCCAUUUGAUUAUAGUUGACAUUUUUGUUGGCGUUGGGCGGGCGCCCAUGCCUCAUCCUCACCCUCACCUUUCACCUUCUUCAAAUGUUCUCUUUUCCCAUGCUUUUCGUCAUCAUCCAUUUCCAUCAUUUCUAUGAAAACGUAUCUCCAACUCCAACAAAACUACACCUGAACCCCACAACCAGACGCAAAAUGGUUCGCGUUACUUAUGACUUUUUGAAGAAUCAUCCAAGAACACUACGACUACACUGCGAAGCAAAGUUUUUUCCUCCUGUACAUUUAGUAUGCGGAUGCGGCACUGUUGAACGCGUAUCUUCAAUCAUCCUGCUAGUCAUCUUCGUGGACCAUACGUGUG